GGCUGAGUGGGCAGGAUUUGUGUUUAUCCGGAACCGCAUGCUUACAAACGGUAGAGUUGAAGUAUUACUGCUAUAGUUUUCUGAAUUUUAUUAAAUAUUAUUAAUACGACGAUGGUGUCAUUUGAAUACCGCAUCAAGAAUAUAUUUUCUUAUCUUCCAUUUAUGCUUGUAGUGAUAGAUUUGCAAUACGAAGAAGUGAAAUGCAGUAGGAAUGCAGAAGUUGAAAAUCAUCUUGAAAUGGGAAAGAAACUACUUGCUGCUGGACAGCUAGCAGAUGCUUUGUCUCACUUUCAUUCAGCUGUAGAACUAGAUUCAAAAAAUUACCUGGCUUACUACAGAAGAGCCACUGUGUAUCUUGCAAUGGGCAAAUCAAAAUCGGCACUACCAGAUCUCAGCAAAGUGAUUGAACUUAAGCCUGACUUUAAAUCGGCAAGAUUACAGAGAGGAAAUUUGCUGCUCAAACAAGGCCAGUUAGAUGAGGCUGAAGAAGAUUUUAAAAAAGUGCUCCAGUCUAACCCCAGUGAUAAGGAGGAGAAGGAAGCAAAGGCCCAGCUUGUUAAAUCUGAUGAAAUGCAACGUGUCCUGGUUGAAGCAGAGACUCACUUGAGCAGAGAGGAUUACAGUUCUGCGGUUAUUCACCUUGAUAAACUUAUAGAGACUUGUAGUUGGGAUGCAGCUCUAAGAGAGCAUAGAGCCGAUUGUUUCAUAAGUCUUGGAGAACUAGGGAAAGCAAUCGGCGACUUGAAAGCAGCAUCAAAGCUGAAGAAUGACAACACACAAGCUUUCCUUAAAGUCAGUAAGAUCUACUAUCAGCUGGGAGACCACGAAAUGUCACUCAAUGAAAUCCGUGAGUGUCUAAAACUGGACCCAGACCACAAGCAGUGUUUUAGCCAUUAUAAACAAGUUAAGAAACUAAAUAAGCAGAUCUUGUCUGCAGAGGAAUUGAUCCGAGAUGAGAGGUAUACUGAAGCUAUAAAUAAAUAUGAACUUGUUAUGAAGACAGAACCGAAUGUACUUCAUUAUACAAUGCAAGCUAAGGAGAGAAUCUGCCACUGUUUGUCAAAAAAUGAAGAGACACUUGAAGCAAUCAAAGUAUGCACAGAAGUUUUGAAUUCAAACCCUCAGAAUGUGAAUGCGUUGAAGGACCGUGCUGAAGCGUACAUUCUGGAUGAACAGUACAAAGAAGCUGUGAAAGAUUUUGAAACUGCUCGUGACCACAGUGAGAACGAUCGUCAGGUAACUGAAGGUUUGGAGAGGGCACAGCGACUUCUGAAACAGUCCGAGAGGCGAGACUACUAUAAAAUAUUAGGAGUGAAGAGAAAUGCUCAAAAGAAGGAUAUUAUAAAGGCUUACAGAAAACUAGCGCAGCAGUGGCACCCAGAUAACUUCCAAGAUGAAGAAGAGAAGAAAAAGGCAGAGAAGAAAUUUAUUGACAUUGCUUCUGCUAAGGAGGUGCUCACUGAUCCAGAGAUGAGGAAGAAGUUUGAUGCUGGAGAAGAUCCUCUGGACCCAGAAAGUCAGCAAGGAGCAGGUGGAGGUCAGCACUUUUACCGGAGCUGGAACAACUUUCAGGGAUUUAACCCUUUUGGCUCAGGACCUUUCAACUUCAAAUUUCACUUCAACUGAAACGGAAAAGCAGAAGGGUAGAGGUUGGAGUGGGACCCCUGCUCCUCUGUUUUGUUCCAAAUGGAGGGUCAUAGCUACACAAGAUGCAAUUUAGAACUUCCCUCAAUCCAGGCUUGCUUUGCUGCUUGUGUGAACCCUUCUAAAUAACCUAAUGUUUUAAAGUGAGUGAAUGGUGAGGCCAAAAUGAAGACUUUUGACCUUUUUGCUGGUUGCCUCUGUGCUGCUGGCUAACACUACUGCUGUGCGCAUCUCGGUGGAUGUGUUUCCAAUCAAAAUAAGUACGAGUUAAAGCUGCUUUAUUUAUUAUAAACCAAUAUUUUGUGAGCAUAAUUAACCAGCCCUUUAUAAAUCCAAGAGAAUUGUUGCACUAGCUACCCUAGUUUAAAUACUGUAUGCACCAAUCCCCUUUCAGAAAGCUCCAAUGGUGACAACAAAGAGCGAUCCUUCCAAAUUUUGCAUUAUUAAAUUUUGCACACACACGGGUCUAAGUUAACCACAAUUAAAUCGGCAUAAAAGACGUGAAUGUUGGAUAGACGUGAAUUACUUGUUACAGUUGGUGCCACACAUCAGUGUUUGGAUACUUUAGGUUCGAGGAUAACUGGAGCGCAAGUAUCUCAGGCCGGAGACAGCCAUGCCAGUCUUUGUUGUUAAGUGCGGAUAUUCUGUCUGUCUUGGAGAAAACGUACUGAGGCUCUGAUGCAGGCAGUACAUUUAUACCGAUUCUUGUAUUGUUGUACCACUGGCUUAUUAAGAAACAUAUUUUAAUUUAAUACCGAUAAUAUUCACAAAACAGAGUAUGGAGAGAACUACUAUUGUAGGUGCUCUAACUACCGAAUUUUCUUUUUGUAGUAAAUCUGCAGCUUACAUUACUAAUAAUUCAGUCUUCUAUAGAAAGACAAAAGAAAAAAGUUGUGGCAACAUUUAAAUGAAUUUGAGGAGACACAAUUAUGUAGGACUCCAUGGAAAUGGUACCAGUUUGUGUAAUUCCUGUUGUCAGACUUGAAUUAUUGUGAGGACACGUCAUCUUGGUGUGUGUCUCUCCUGUAUUGACGUCAUUGUAUGUGUGACCAUCUUCAGUUUGUGGCUUUUUUUUAAAUGAUGCUUUAAAGGUGAGUAAGGUCAUGUCAAAAAAAUAUGAAUUUAUUAAGAUUUAUGGAAAUGAGGCAAAAUGUGUUUUGUUCUCGGUCCUUGUUGGUUUUCCAACCAACUUAAAUGUGUGUCCCUGUGUUUUCUGUCACACUCGUGCGAUUCUCCAAGUACAGUUCUGAAUCCUUGUGUUGUAUGUUGAAACUGGGCAAGUAUGUACAGUAUUAGUAAGGUUUCCACAGGGUCCACUUCCGGACUGUGUGUGCAGCGUCCUCACACACUUGGAGCAAUUCACAGUAUGACUUACUCAGAUGUUCAGAAAUGUACAAUUGUAUGUCUGGCCAUGCUGUAUUAGCUAUUUAUUGCCAAAUAUCACAAGUGUUAAGUAACAGGAAAGUUAUAAUACUUAGUGAUAAUACUUAAUGAAAACUGUUUUUAGAAUUGAGGAUUUGGGAGGGCCCACUUCCAAAAGGAAACAAAGUGUCUAAAGAAUUGUCAGUUGGUUCAUUUUGAGCACUUUAAUGAUAAAGUAUAGUUUUUUAAUGAAGUUAUUUAAUUGUAAUUUUAAAAUUCCAAAUUCUAAUCAUUGUAUAUGGUACUGGGUUCUUAUUGAACCAAAUUUUCAUGCCUUGGCAGCAUUGAGGGUUGUUUUAGUGGUGCGGAUGCACCAUUUGUUGGUCUCCUUAACUGUAGUUUUUACUUCUGGGUUGUCUUGAAUUUAAAAAGCUUUGUAACACAAGUAACUAAAUAAAAAAGUGAAUACCUCCUCUUAUUAAUAGCUUUAAAAUCAUGAUAUAAAUAACACAAAGGCAAGCUCCAAGUGUUACCAUUUUUGGAUCUCGAUGUUUUAGCAUUUCUUGUCCAAUCUCAUUUUUCUGCCUGUCCUAGGAGGUUUGGCCCAGCCCAAGCCUUUUGGGGGGGUCCGCUCUUGCACACACUCGCCCAGCUAGAUUAACACACGACAGUCUUUCAGUUGUACCCACGGAGAAAUCAAUCCGACUCCACACAAACAGGAUGCUGGCAGCCCUGACGUUACAUAGGAUAAGGAUACUAAAGCUACCAUUUGUUUCAUCAGGGACCGAUCUCCUGUCCUGUGCGUUGAAGGAUACGUGUGAAUGUGUUUGUGCUCAGAGUUGUGGUCUAACAGAGCGGACGCCCCACUGUUGUGCGGUGCUGCUUGACACUCGUCGUAGGAUUGUAAUUUAGCUCCGUGUUUUCUUGUUAACCGAGCGCCCUUCACUGAAGGUGAUCUCCGAGUGCUUAUUCACACCUGUAACAGUGCGGUAAACAGUAAUAAGAGAGCACCUGACUUCGGCCAUAGGAUCAUCUGGCCAGAGGGCAAUAGAGAAGAAUGAAAUAAAAACUCCAGCUAGCGAUUUUGGGGGUUCGAGUGUUUAGCAGUAAAACUUCUAGCUAGCCUAGCCCACAUGGCUGCCCUCUCCUGGAACUCCUUAAGUGUAGAAUGUACUUAAAAUAUCCUCUCUUGAGAUAAAUAGAAUUUUUCCACAGAAGCUUAAGAAAUAUAACAAACCAACAACACUCUAAAAUACACACAGAAUUAAAAAGGGAGAAAUCUUUGGACUUUGGUAAAGACAGCAGUCACAGCGAGGGGUUCUGCAGGCGUAUCGCCGUUGGUAUGAAGGAGCCCCCGUAGCAUUUCUCGACUCGCUUCUGCUGAGUAAUCCAUUGGCCAACAUUCGGCGUGUCAUAGAGGGGAUGUGCAGUAUUAUUGAGAGAGGCUGGCGGUUUAUCUUCAUUCUUUCCUCCACUGCUAUGUCAGGAAGGUCCCGAGUGCGUCCCACCACAGAGCCUGCCUUUCCAGUCAGCUUGUUGAUUCGGUGGGCCUCUCCUGAAUUGAUGUUACCAGCCCAGCACACCAUGACAGAGUUCUAGAAGAGGUGAAGGAUGUCACUACCCACGUGUAUCAUGAGAGGUGUGCUGUAAUCCAAAGCUACAUUGUGACCCUGUGAAAGUAUCUGAUGCCAAAGCUUCUAAAUUACUGAUCUCACUUUUUGUGCCCAGGAGGAGGAGAACUGCAAGCGGACCUGUAAGCCAUUCCGAUUUACCGCCAGGCACAUAGAAGCCUACAUCUGACUGUAUCACUACACUACCACGACUAGAUUUACGCAGAAGACACAAAAGAGCCCAUUCAUCAGUGCCGGCGCCAUGCGUGUCUGGAGUAAACCGCUGCAGUGCUGCCUCAUCUGGGGUCGGCUCCUGUCUUGUGCUUGAUGGGCUGCAGCCGACAUGACCCUGAACUGGGUUUGUGACAGUUUAACAAUGGAUGUCGAGAUGUAAUAAGCCCAGCUAGAGUGAGAAGUGAACCAUUUAUUGCAUGCCAUGAACAUUAAAAAUUUUACAACAGAUGCUGGAAGACGGCAUGCUGUGUCAGCUGAAUGGCGAGAGCAGCUUUAACACUUCAGAUGCAGAAUAGCUGCUGUCCAUACUGUAGUUAGAGGUGUGAAAUAAGCGUGUUUUCUAUUAUAAAACGGAACAUUUCUUGGUGCUUCUUAAUCCGUGUGCCUGGCAUGUGAACAUGCGUGCAUUUAGGCUCUGUAUUAUGAAGUCAUUGUUUUUCUUUAGCUAGUGCUGUGGUCCUCCAAUCUCGUCUCCAUAAGAAGCCAUCCUCAUGGUUAAGAGUGCAUUACCAGGGCUUUUUAAAAUGGCUUUCUACCUGAAAAAAUAGCAAUCUGGCUCCACAGUCCACCAUCAUGUAUUCUGUGCAUAGUCUCACGCCGAAGAUGGAUACCUCAAUCCAUCCAUUGUAAGAGCUGCCUCCUUCCAUUACAAGCUGAACGGUGGGAUGUCCGCCCAUCGUACACUCAGUCUGGGCCUGUUUAUCGUUCCCAGUGAGGGCAGCACACGCACCUCUGACCGUGUGGAGGGAUGGCUGGCCAGUGCAGACCCAUUUGAACCAGGGAGACGUGUCAAAAUCCAAAGGGCCACUGCAGGCAGAAAGUGGAUAUCCAGAGUUCCUUCAAAUACUUGAAUCGGUUUCUGAGUUAGGCUCGGCUCGCCUGAAAUGAUUUCUCCCAGAGUGCUCCUGGAGGGCUGCCUUUGACUUUUGUGCUGUGACCGGUCUUCUCGUCCAUUGUUCAUGUUCUCAUGAUACACCAGCACGGUAAGCCGGUCUUCACGGUUUGUCAUCUUCAUUUUAUGUGACAUUUGUGCUAUUGAAGGAUGACAUUUUUAACUGGCACAAAGUGUCCUUGUGUGUAUGCGACAUUUUUAUAUGAUGUAAAACUUUUUCCUUCUUGUUCCUAAAUUUGUUUUGUAAAAAUUCAUAUUUAAAAAGAUUUUUGUUUUUAUUUUAUACAUGCUGGUAGGUUGUAUAAUAGAAUGACACAAAGGUCAAAUUGAAUUUUUAAAUGAUAAUAUGUUUAUAUACCUUGUACAAAGCACCAGCCGUACCUGUUUUGACUUUGCAGUCGCCCUGUAGAAUGAAACGCUUACAGUAGAACUGUAAUCCUACGUCUGCAGCUCAUGCUAAGUGGUCCACACUGUCCAUGCUGCUGCUGGCCACAGGACCACCCCACCCUUUGUAGUGCGCCCUGUGCUGGGCCUGGAGGACCCCCAGAUGACCCCUGGACAAGUCCUGAGCAGGGCAGCAGUUGGCCGGUUCUUUUCAGUUGUGACAACUCAUCCAUGUCUCAUGUACUGCAGCUCACGUUCCCUGCUGCACACACCCGUCAUCCGGCGUACAUCCCGGCCAUUUCAAAGUUAGCACAACAUCUGCUGCUUCUCAUUUGAAGCCCACACUUGAUUGCUGAAUUAACAGUUGCUGCUGUGAUUACAUUCUUAACAAUAUGGAGCUGCCAUUGACAUCACUGUUUGUCGUCAUGCUAUGUAUCGGCUAAGGGGCCAUUAAGGAGGUUUUGGGGACUUGGAGGAGUUUAUUUCAUGUUCCGCCUGCCGCUGUGGUGGAUGUUUGUCACUGUUGGGAUCAAAGCCGUCUCCCUGUGAUCUGGGGUUCUGUUUUAGAGAGUUCCAGAUUGGAAAAUGCAAGGAGCUAAAAGCCUGUGAGCUGUAGGUAUACUGCUGUCAUGGGGACCCACCGUGUUGUUUCCUUGAAAUGUAAAACAAUAUCUAAUAAAGACAUUUAUUUUUAA